AUGGCCGUUCCAAAUUACUACUUCCCAUAUGUCCCUCCACCACCUCCAGCUGUAAAGCCGCCAAGUCACCCAGCGCCGCCACCACCGACAGCAAAGCCGCCAACUCACCCAGCGCCACCACCACCAGCAGCUAAGCCGCCUAGUCACUCAACCCCACCACCUCCGUCAGCAAAGCCACCAAGUCACUCAACCCCACCACCCCCACCACAUAAGCCAUUUAGCCCACCGCCUCCUCAUGUACACCCUCCGCCAGCACUGCCACCCCAUGCAGGCCCACCACCACCGCCAUUGCCACCUUCUCCAUCCCCGAAUCACCCGACUGUCAUAGUCAUUGUAUUCAUCUCAUUUGGUUCUGUUUUCUUCCUUGCAUUUCUUGCAAUUGCUCUGUGUUGUUUCCUCAAGAAAAAGAAGAAGAAGACUAUCCAAGAAACCGAAGUCAUUCAUUUCGACGAACACAGGAAGAUCAAGGAGGCCAUAGUGGAAGGUCCCCAUGGACCACAAGCUGUGGUACUAUCAGUUGAGGAUGAUGUUCAUAUAGAUGAGGCGAUCAGGAAAGAUGAGACAUCUGAAAAGAGAUGGCCAUAUUCUUCGAGUUCAAAUGUCCAAGAAACUGAUAUUAUUCAUGUCGAUGGACAUGAGAAGGUGAAAGAAGACAUUGUAGAAGGUCCUCAUGGAUCAAAAGCUGUGCUGUUGACAAUUGAUGAUGAUAUCCAUGUCGAUGAGGAGAUCAGGAAGAACGAAAGAUCUGGUAAAGAUGGUCAUCACCAUUUGCACCAGGCUGGUCAAUAAAAGUCCUUUGGACUUACAACCUCGUGUGCUAUUACUCCUUUCAUGUAAUUCAAAAAAUUCCAUCACGAAGAUUAUUGUGAUCGAUGUAU